AUGGCCCCCGAGAUGGACCAGUUCUACAGGUCCACCAUGGCCAUCUACAAGAGCAUCCUGGAGCAGUUCAACCCCGCCCUGGAGAACCUGGUAUACCUGGGGAACAACUACCUGCGGGCCUUCCACGCCCUGUCGGAGGCGGCCGAGGUGUACUUCAGUGCCAUCCAGAAGAUCGGGGAGCAGGCCCUGCAGAGCGCCACCUCGCAGAUCCUGGGUGAGAUCCUGGUGCAGAUGGCAGACACCCAGCGCCACCUGAACUCUGACCUGGAGGUGGUGGUGCAGACGUUCCACGGAGACCUGCUGCAGCACAUGGAGAAGAACACCAAGCUGGACAUGCAGUUCAUCAAAGACAGCCGCCAGCACUACGAGAUGGAGUACCGCCACCGAGCGGCCAACCUGGAGAAGUGCAUGUCCGAGCUGUGGCGCAUGGAGCGCAAGAGGGACAAGAGCGUGCGGGAGAUGAAGGAGAGUGUGAACCGGCUGCACGCACAGAUGCAGACCUUCGUGUCUGAGAGCCAGCGGGCGGCUGAGCUGGAAGAGAAGCGGCGCUACCGGUUCCUGGCCGAGAAGCACCUGGUGCUUUCCAAUACGUUUCUGCAGUUUUUCGGUCGGGCCCGGGGGACGCUCCAGAACCGCGUGCUGCUGUGGAAGGAGCAGUCGGAGGCCAGCCGCAACCCGUCGCGGGCCCACUCGCCCGGCCUGCUGGGCCCGGUGCUGGGGCCGCCCUACCCCUCGGGCCGCCUGACGCCCACCCGCCUGGACAUGCCCCCCAGGCCGCUGGGAGAGUUCGGCUCCCCGCGCAGCGGGCACGGCCCCGCCUACGGCCCCGAGCCCGGCGAGGCGAGGCCCGCGUCCCAGCUGGAGCCCGACCGCCGCCCCCUGCCCCGGACGCCGUCCGCCUCCUCGCUCUACGCCGGCGGCGCCCAGCGCUCGCGCUCCAACUCGUUCGGGGAGCGGCCGGGCGGCGCGGGCGCCCGCAGAGUCCGCGCCCUCGUCUCGCACUCGGAGGGCGCCAACCACACGCUGCUGCGCUUCUCGGCCGGAGACGUCGUGGAGGUGCUGGUGGCCGAGGCCCAGAACGGCUGGCUCUAUGGCAAGCUGGAGGGCUCGUCCACGGGCGGCUGGUUCCCCGAAGCCUAUGUGAAGCCAUUGGAGGAGGUGCCCAUGAACCCCAUGAACGCCUUGAACCCCAUGAACCCCAUGAACGCCUUGAACCCCAUGACCUCCAUGAACCCCAUGAACCCCAUGAACCCAGUGACCUCCAUGAACCCCAUGAGCCCUAUGAAUGAGCUACCUUCCAGGUCCUACCCGCUCCGGGGCAGCCACAGCCUGGAUGACCUCCUGGACCGGCCGGGCCACGCCGCGGCGCCCUCGGAGUGCUGGGACGGCCAGCCCCGCUCGCGAACGCCGAGCCGGGUGCCGAGCCGCGCCCCCAGCCCCGCACCGACACCCUUGCCUGACAGCCGCCGCAGCAGCAUGGGCAGCAUGGGGGUGGCCCCCGAUGUCAAGAAACUCAUGUCCUGGGAGCAGCAGCCGCCAGAGCUCUUCCCUCGGGGCACUAACCCCUUCGCCACCGUGAAGCUGCGUCCCACCGUCACCAACGACCGCUCGGCACCCCUCAUCCGCUGA